GGUUGUGAAAUGUGUAUGUUGUGAGUUGUCAUUUGUGAACGCGGCGUAUGAGUUUAGUUUAAAAACUAGAUUAACGUGAAAAUAUUGUUUAUUACUUAAUAAUAAGGAGAUAAAGUAUAGUAAAUCAAAAUGGUUAAGCUUACGGUUGAACUUAUACAGAACUCUAUGCAGUACAUGAACCCCUGUAGAGAUCGCGAAUUAGAUCUUAGAGGUUACAAGAUACCACAGAUCGAAAAUAUGGGAGCUACCUUAGAUCAGUUUGAUACUAUCGACUUUUCUGAUAACGAUAUUCGAAAACUAGAUGGCUUUCCAUUACUGAAGAGACUAAAAUGUUUACUUUUAAAUAACAAUAGGAUCGUCCGUAUCGGAGAGAACCUGGAACAGUAUUUACCCAAUUUGGAGUCACUUAUAUUGACAAACAACAAUAUCACGGAGCUGGGUGAUCUUGAUCCGUUGGCAACACUACCUAAACUGAGGACACUUUCAUUAAUGCACAAUCCCGUGGCCAACAAAAAUCAUUACAGAGCUUAUGUGGCAUUCAAACUGCCUGAACUUAGAUUACUGGACUUCAGAAAAAUAAAACAAAAGGAAAGAGAGGAAGCUAAUACACUAUUCAAGAGUAAGAAAGGGAAAGAACUACAGAAGGAAAUUAGCAAAAAAGCCAAAACCUUUGUACCUGGAGGGAACAUGCCUGAUCCUAAAGUUACCAAUCUCACACCUCAAGAGAUACAUAAGAUACGCGAGGCUAUUAAGAAUGCUUCAUCACUACAUGAAGUUGAGCGCCUAACGAGAAUGCUCCAGUCGGGGCAGAUCCCUGGACAAAAACCUCUACAACCAGCCAACCAGCAAACAGGACAACAAGAGGAGUACGAAGAAAUGGAGACUGAUCAGACAAAUGGGCAAUAACUGUUGUCACCUCGCUGGAAGAACAGAUAUUCCUUGAUCUUGAGUUUUAGAGUCAGUCGAGUGUGAGUCUUAAGAUAUUUAGCUGUAAGAACGGUUUACUACAACUUUAAUUAUUUUUAAGCUGGUAAGAACAGAAUCUACU